AUGAUCCUAUCUACCAAAUGGCUACUGGCCAGCUCCUUGGCGGGACUUGCAGCAGCCCAAUACUUCCCACCUACUCCAGAGGGUCUGAAAGUCGUCAAAUCCAAGCAUGAAGAAGGGGUCAAAAUAUCAUACAAAGAGCCAGGAAUCUGUGAAACAACUCCAGGGGUCAAAUCUUACUCCGGCUACGUUCAUUUACCUCCCGGCACGCUGGAAGAUGUACAAGUUGAUCAGCCAUACCCUAUCAACACUUUCUUCUGGUUCUUCGAGGCUCGCCAUAAUCCCAAAAAUGCGCCGCUGUCCAUUUGGAUGAAUGGAGGUCCUGGUAGCUCAUCCCUGAUCGGUCUCCUGCAGGAGAAUGGUCCCUGUAUCGUCAAGGCUGAUUCUAAUUCGACCGAACUCAACCCCUGGUCCUGGAACAACUAUGUCAACAUGCUGUACAUCGAUCAGCCCAAUCAGGUUGGCUUCAGCUAUGACACUCCCACAAAUGGUACUUUCGACCAAAUCAAAUCGGGCUGGAAUGUAUCGGAAUGGACACAUGGCGUUCCGACGCAGAACAAUACUUUUUACGUCGGCACAACGACAAGUCAAAAUAAGAGCUCAUCAGCAAACAGCACAGAGAAUGCGGCUCGAUCACUCUGGCACUUUGCUCAGACUUGGUUCUCCGAGUUUCCAGAGUACAAGCCACAUGACGAUCGUGUUAGCAUCUGGACAGAGUCAUACGGCGGGCGUUAUGGUCCAGCUUUUACUGCGUUCUUCCAGGAGCAAAACGAGAAGAUCCAGAACGGUACUCUCUCGGCAGCUGCAGAAUCGCAUUACAUCCACUUGGAUACAUUGGGGAUUAUCAACGGGUGCAUCGAUCUUUUGAUCCAAGAGCCGACCUAUCCGAUGAUGGCGUAUAAUAACACCUAUGGGUUAGAAGCCAUCAACAAAACGCUGUACGACCAGGCCAUGCAUGCAUGGAGCCGCCCCGGCGGAUGUAAGGACCUUAUGGUUCAAUGCCGUGCCCUUGCAGCAGAAGGCGACCCACAGAUGCACGGCAAUAACGAGACGGUCAACAAGGCAUGCUCCGAAGCAGGUUCUUUCUGCAGCAGAAAUGUGGAGGGAGUCUAUCCUAAUUUCGCUGGCCGAGGAUACUAUGAUAUUACUCACAAAGAUCCCGAUCCAUUCCCACCUCCAUUUUAUUUGGGAUUCCUGAGUCAAAAUUGGGUCCAGGGUGCCCUGGGGGUCCCCAUCAACUUCACUGAAUCGAUUGACAGUGUAUACAAGGGAUUUUCGUCUACAGGUGACUACCCCCGCGCUGAUACUCAUGGUUAUCUCAAUGAUAUCGCCUACGUUCUAGACUCUGGGAUCAAAGUCGCGCUUGUCUACGGUGACCGGGACUAUGCCUGUAAUUGGAUCGGUGGUGAAGAUGUGAGCCUGGAUAUUGAAUACUCCAAGUCUUCUUCGUUCCGUGCAGCUGGAUAUUCACCUCUUCGUACCAACUCGUCGUAUAUCGGAGGUCAAGUUCGUCAACAUGGCAACUUCUCCUUUACCCGAGUAUAUCAGGCUGGUCAUGAAGUGCCAGCCUAUCAGCCACAAACAGCCUAUGAAAUCUUCUACCGUUCUUUGUUCAACCGAGAUCUAGCAACCGGCAAGAUCGAUACUGCUCGCAAUGAGUCCUACUCGACAACUGGCCCUCAAUCGACUUGGCAUAUUAAGAAUAAAGUGCCUGAGGACCCUGAUCCAGUGUGUUACAUUCUCUCACUAGAGUCUACCUGCACCGAAGACCAAAUCGCCAGCGUGCUUAAUAACACAGCAGUGAUUCAUGACUACAUUGUUAUAGAUGGAGCUACUAAGAAGGUUUAA